CCCUGCCCGCUGUUCGGCGUGACGCGGGCCCGGCGCCCCGCGCCCACCAUGUCCUACCCGCAGGGCUACCUGUACCAGGCGCCCGGCUCGCUGGCGCUAUACUCGUGCCCGGCGUACGGCGCGUCGGCACUGGCGGCGCCGCGCAGCGAGGAGCUGGCUCGCUCAGCGUCGGGCUCGGCGUUCAGCCCUUACCCGGGCUCCGCGGCCUUCACCGCGCAGGCGGCCACGGGCUUCGGCAGCCCGCUGCAGUACUCGGCCGACGCUGCCGCCGCCGCCGCCGGCUUCCCAUCCUACAUGGGUGCGCCCUACGACGCACACACGACCGGGAUGACGGGCGCCAUCAGCUACCACCCUUAUGGAAGCGCGGCCUACCCGUACCAGCUCAAUGACCCGGCCUACCGCAAGAACGCCACGCGGGAUGCCACGGCCACGCUCAAGGCCUGGCUCAACGAGCACCGCAAGAACCCCUACCCCACCAAGGGCGAGAAGAUCAUGCUGGCCAUCAUCACCAAGAUGACCCUCACGCAGGUAUCCACCUGGUUCGCCAACGCGCGCCGGCGCCUCAAGAAGGAAAACAAGAUGACGUGGGCCCCCAGGAACAAAAGCGAGGACGAGGACGAGGACGAGGGCGACUCGGCAAGGAGCAAGGAGGAGAGUCCGGACAAGGUGCAGGAGGGCACCGAGACUUCGGCGGAGGACGAAGGGAUCAGCCUGCACGUCGACUCGCUCACGGAUCAUUCGUGCUCCGCCGAGUCGGACGGAGAGAAACUGCCGUGCCGGGCCGAGGACCCCCUGUGCGAGUCGGGCUCGGAGUGCAAGGAGAAGUACGACGACCUGGAGGACGACGAGGACGACGACGAGGAGGGCGAGCGGGACCUGGCGCCGCCCAAGCCCGUGACCUCGUCGCCGCUCACCGGCGUGGAGGCGCCGCUGCUGGGCCCCCCAUCCGAGGCCGCGCCCCGCGGGGGCGGCGGCGGCGGCGGCGGCAAGACGCCCCUGGGCAGCCGGACGUCGCCGGGCGCGCCGCCGCCCGCCAGCAAGCCCAAGCUGUGGUCUCUGGCCGAGAUCGCCACGUCGGACCUCAAGCAGCCGAGCCUGGGCCCGGCCUGCGCGCCGCCGGGGCUGCCAGCGGCCGCCGCGCCCGCCUCGUCAGGGGCGCCGCCGGGCGGCUCGCCCUACCCCGCGUCGCCGCUGCUCGGCCGCCACCUCUACUACACGUCGCCCUUCUACGGCAACUACACAAACUACGGGAACUUGAACGCGGCUCUGCAGGGCCAGGGUCUCCUGCGGUACAACUCGGCGGCCGCGGCCCCCGGAGAGGCGCUGCACGCGGCGCCCAAGGCUGCCAGCGACGCGGGCAAGGCGGGCGCGCACCCGCUGGAGCCCCACUACCGGCCCCCCGGCGGCGGCUACGAGCCCAAGAAAGGUAGGCGGCUGCGGCCCGCGGGGCCCUGGGGGAGGGGGCGCCGGCGGGUCCCCGGUUGGUGAGCACCCUUGAGGAGCCGGGGAAGGGGCCGGGGGACCUGUAGGUCUGGCCGGGGAAGCUUUGUCGCUUACAGGAGAACAGGAAGAAGACAGGACGUCUUUGGACGGUGGUUCUUGGACUGCAAUUUAGAAGUGAAGGGGUGGUGAGGGCAGAAAGGGGGCGGAGGGCCAGGCGAUCCUGCCACGCAACGGGACUUGCCCCCUUAUAGCUGAUUUUUCAUUAGAUUUAUCAUUAUUACCGUUACUAGUAUUCUCGUGACUGUUUUCGUUUGGGCAAACACAAAUUGCCCAACAUGCAGCUGACAGCUUUCCCCCUGCUGACUGAGCCUAAGCUUUCUGUCUUUUCUGUCCCUUUAUAGAGUCUCAGCUGAAUCUCCUCUUCUGCCUUUAGCUGGAAGGAAACAAAACGUUCUAGUUCUUCCCAGAGGCCUUAGUUUUUAAAUCUUCAAAAUAGAAAACGAGAGCCUAUUUUCUUUCUCUCCUUUUCUUUAUAUUGUCUGUGUUGCUCAUAAUGCAGGCUUGAGCUGAUAAGACCUGUAAAAGGAGUCAAGGGGGAGAGAAAAUGAGGACGCGGAAACAUGACCGAAGUCUGUCUCAGGCAGUGGUGGUGGAGACAGCGGGCUCCCCCAGACUGCUCGCUGGGCGCAGGGGGCAAGGGCAUGGCGAGCGUGGGUGUGCAGGCUGGUGGCUGUGCUGCUGUCUGGGAGACUGAUGGCUCUGGGGGUGGGUUCUGACUAACUGCCCCCUCC